AAGUGACAGCUGACAGUUCAGACAGUUUGCGAAUCAAAUUGGAAAUUUUGUUUACAUGCGGUGUGUUUUAAUUUGCCGAUUUAUCCGAAUAUAGUUUUCCCUUUGUUUAAAUAAUUCAUUUUUAAAGUAAAGUAAUAAUGGCAACUGAAGAAGAGCAGAUCCAAGUCAUUCCAGUCAAGGAACCACUUGACUUGAUCCGUCUCAGUUUGGAUGAGAAAAUCUAUGUAAAAAUGCGCAACGAACGGGAGCUUCGUGGAAGAUUACAUGCUUUUGAUCAACAUUUAAAUAUGGUCCUUGGUGAUGCUGAAGAAACUGUGACCACAGUUGAAAUCGACGAGGAAACUUACGAAGAAGUGUACAAGACCGCCAAAAGAACAAUUCCAAUGUUAUUUGUUCGUGGUGAUGGAGUUAUUCUCGUCUCGCCGCCAAUGCGCGCUGGUUAACUAUUAUAAGAUUCAAUUCAUGAAAUAUACGAUAGACAUAAACAAA